AGAUCAUCUACUAAUUAGCCUAUCUAUACUCGCCCAAUUCAUCUCGUGAGGAGGUUAAGCUGGCCAUUCAUCUCGUGAGGAGAUUAAUGGAAGAGUAUAGGGCUAGGAAGAAGGACCUUCAUAUGGUGUUUAUUGACCUUGAAAAGGCGUAUGAUAGGGUGCCAAGGGAGGUCUUAUGGAGGUGCCUUGAGGCGAGAGGAGUUGCCAUCGUGUACACCCGCGCGAUCAAGGAUAUGUACGAUGGGGCUAUGACCAAGGUAAGGACUUCCAGGGGCGACUCAGGUUCUUUCUCGGUAGGGAUGGGGUUGCACCAGGGGUCUGCCCUUAGCCCUUUUUUGUUCGCCUUGGUGAUGGACGUCCUAACUCAAGGUGUUCAAGAAGGGGUCCCAUGGUGCAUGCUUUUCGCGGAUGAUAUUGUGCUUAUCGACGACACACGUGAGGGACUAAACGAUAAGUUGGAAUUAUGGCGCCUUGCCCUUGAGACGAAAGGAUUCAGAAUAAGUAGGAACAAGACUGAAUACAUGGAAUGUCGUUUCAGCGACCGGGAUACAGAAUCAGAGGUGGAAGUCAGGAUUGACUCUCAUCUAGUAUCUAAGGUAGACAGGUUUCGAUAUCUUGGCUCGGUAAUCCAGGCUGAUGGGGAGUUAGAUGCGGAUGUUGGACAUCGUGUUGGAGUGGCUUGGGCCAAAUGGCGGUUAGCUUCAGGGGUGUUGUGUGAUCCGAAGAUUUCGCCUAGAAUGAAAGGUAAGUUCUUUCGUUCCGUAGUCAGACCUGCUAUGUUAUAUGGGGCAGAGUGUUGGGCGGUUAAGAAGACUCAUGUGCGUCGUCUGCAUGCGGCAGAGAUGCGGAUGUUACGAUGGAUGUGUGGGAAGACAAGGUUGGAUAGGAUUUCGAACGAAGUUAUCCGACGUCAGGUAGGCAUGGCACCGGUGGAAGAUAAGUUGCGGGAAGCAAGGUUGAGAUGGUUUGGCCAUGUGAGACGGCGGGAUGCUGACGCCCCUGUACGGAGAUGCGAGAGGAUUACGGUUAUCGGGGGAAGUAGGGGAAGGGGUAGACCUAGGAAGAAUUGGAAGGAGGUGAUUAGGCAGGAUUUAGGACUUCUCGACCUGACUGAGGAUAUGGCCCUAGAUAGGAACCUUUGGAAAACUAGGAUUAGAGUAGCUGGAUAGGAACUCGGUGUUGUAGAGGUGGAGCCGGGGAUCUCUUGGAAACAGCCUCCCUACUUCCGAGUAGGGGAAAGGUCUACGUACAUACACCCUCCCCAGACCCUAAUGUUGUGGGAUUCACCUGGGUUGUUGUUGUUGUUAUACUCGCCCAAUUUAGAUCCUCGUCCAAUGUUUUCAAACUUUGAAUAUUACGGAUAAUUUACAUAGAAAACUUUGAAUUAUAAUGAAAAGUUUCUGCCAUA